AAAAACAUGAUUGGGAACAGCGUGUGGCUGCACUAAAGAAGGUUCGUUCUCUGCUGUUGGCCGGCGCGAGCGACUACGAUGGUUUUUCGCAGCAGUUACGGCAGCUGGAGGGGCCGCUCAAACUGUCGACCAAAGAUCUGCGCUCGCAGGUGGUGCGCGAGGCCUGUAUCACACUCGGGCACCUGUCGUCUGUGUUGGGAAACAAAUUUGAUCACGGAGCCUGAGAACAUCAUGCCAACCUUACUGAACCUCGUCCCCAACAGCGCUAAAGUUAUGGCCACAUCUGGAAUGGCGGCGAUCCGUCUCAUUAUACGGCACACUCACUAUCCGCGGCUGAUUCCCAUCAUGACCAGCAACUGCACUUCUAAAUCAGUGGCUGUCAGACGACGCUGCUAUGAUUUUUUAGAUCUUCUGCUUCAGGAGUGGCAGACACAUUCUCUAGAGAGGUGAGAAUUCACCAUUUAUUCACCCGCAUGUCGAUCCAAAUUCUGUACGACUCUCUUCAUUCAGUGGAACACAAAAU